AUGGCCGACGCGUAUGACAAGCCUGUAGCGGUGGAAGCCGUCCCGGUCGAAGGCGUGUGUGCCGGAGGAAUGGAGACGACCGACGUCCCCGUGGCAAUCGGCGCCCCCCUCACGCAAACCAUGGAGCGGGUGCUCGGUCCGCUCGACGCCGUGUCGGUGCAGCAGACGCCUCGCGGAUGCGUGCAAGAGUGCCUGGGAUGUACCGCUCAGUCGGAAUACCUGAUAUAUCCCGGACUCAAAGAAGACGGCGGAGAGAAUGCGCCCCAGAUCGCGCACAUGAUUGAGCACUCCAACUGCGCUCUCCGCGUGUUCUGCUCACUCUGCGGCUCGGCAAUGGUGCGGCCAUUCUCGAUGCCAAUCACGGUGCCAGACAAAGACGGCGAGGAGCUGGUCAAGUUCAGUAAAGACUGGUCCAUGCCUGUCUGCUGCAUAGUCCGCACGCAAGACUUUGACGCCGCCUUCCCGUGCUGCUGCUGCCUCCCCGCGUUGGUGACCACCACGCCCGAUGGCACGAAAGUCGGAGAGACGAAGUAUGUCUGCGACGAGUGUCCCUUCGUCCCCAAAUUUCACGUCUUCGACGCCGAUGGCCGCCAACAGUACCUCAUCCGUCCCGAUACGUGCAUGGGAGGCGCCUGCAUUAACUGCAGCAUGGGAGGGAGAGGCUCGCGCUUCUUUUACGUGCCCUUCAUCAUCCGCGACCCGGAGACCCAGGAGCCGCUCCCUGGCGGGGCAGGCGCCAAGGGGUCGCCAGCGCAGAUUACAAAGGUGUGGAGCGGGUUGCAGAAGGAGUGCUGCACGACCGCAGACAACUUCUUUGUCAUUUUCCCCGCGAACGUGACCACAGUCACCAAGGCCAACCUUCUCGGCUCUACAAUCUUGGUCGACUUCACCCAGUUCGAAGACAAUGAUUGA